CGUAUGCUCAGAGACGGAGAAAAAUUGUGGUUUCGCGGGGCGUUUGAUUCAGUUCGGUUUAUGGUGCUGAGCGAAGCGGUCAAGAUUUCGAAACGUUCGAGCUAAAAAAUUUGCUUUUCUGUAAAUAUACAAAAAAAUCAAAAACAAAAACAAAAAGAAAAUAAUUGAAAAAUAAAAAAUAGAGAAGGAACGAAACUCACAGAAAUGUUCCACAAGUUAUAAGCAAACGUGCAGUUAUCAGUGGUUGCAAAGAUACUUAAGAGAUUCAGUGGAAAAAGUUGGCGAAAUAAAUUGCCAUUGAAUUGAAGUUGUUGGGCAACGGAGGAGAUACUCGUACUCGUACAACACAAGCGGAAUAACUUGACUCUGGUCUCUUCAUGCUGAUUUAGCCAAAAUAGUGAGCUGAAAUAAAGCCGUGUCGAAAGAAAUUGUUACAUAAUACAAAUGGCACGCAUGAACAGAAAUUGGCAGCGAACACAGUCGAUUUAGUUGUCGUUCCAUAAGUCUUGCCUUUGGCGCAGUGGAGAAAGAUAUUUCGGAAGGACUUGUUGCAUGUAAGUAAUGAUGCAGCAUGCGAGCGUUUUGCACUGUCAGCGCGCCUUUAGAAGUAUGCGCGUCAUCGGCCGAACAACUAUCUCCCGGAUCACGCUUUUUGGCCCUAAGACUUUUGGGAAAUCAGCAACCCAAAACUUUAUACUUCCUAGUCGAUGCAAAGAGUCGAGUGAGAGAAGUGUACACACAAACAUGCCUACACUUUGCAGCACAAGGCAUGCUCGAUACCGAAUUGUUCGGUUUGGCGGUGCUCAUCGAUGGCGAAUACAUGUUUGCGGAUCCGGAGAGCAAACUCUCCAAAUACGGCCCGAAAAGUUGGCGCUCAUCGCACACACACGGCCUCGACGCAAAUGGACGUCCGCUGCUGGAAUUACACUUCCGUGUUCAAUUUUACAUCGAGAGUCCGUUUAUAUUGAAAGAUGAGAUAUCCCGCCAUAAUUACUACCUGCAAUUAAAACACAAUGCUCUACAACGGGAAAUGCCUAAAGAAUAUUCAGAACAGUCAAUGAUAUUGCUCGCCGGAUUAGCGCUACAAGCGGAUUUAGGCGAUGCACCAAAUUCAACACAAACACCAAGGGGCACAACAUUAAAAUCCCUAUCAUCGGAAGAUGGCAAUUUUGGUGAACCCAUGGAGUGUCACCACCAAAGCCAGCUUUCUCCACAUGCCACAAAUUCCACAGCCAAUACAAGUGAGGUCUCAAACUUAACAGCAAAAACUACCGACACAACACCAAUAUUAACUACAACGGAAAAGACCGUGUCUGCGAAAACUGCAUCGUCCACUGGUAUAACAACAACGUUACCGAAAAUCAACAAACGUCCAGGCAAUGAUAAUGAUCGUGUCCUUCGGCUGUCCAAUUUUCUAAGCACAAAAAAUGUCACAACUACGUCAGAUAACCCUUACGCACCAGAAGCGAAUGCAACAAAAGCGUCCACGUCAGUCUUCCCUAUUAGUGGUAGCUUAAAGCGUAGUCUCGGAGCUAUGGCAGCUACGUUUUCACCAUCUUCGUCGAUAUCCUCUAUAAAUCGCGAUUGUUCAUCCAGCACCACACCAACAACGUCCACUUCCUCGAGCACCUCUCUUUCGGCGCUCGCUCACACGCAGACAAACAUCUCGACAAAGGAAUAUUUUAACUUAAACGACUAUUUGCCCGUUGAGCUCCGUACGUCUUGGGCAAUCAGCGCUUUGCACGCCUGCCAUCGUGAAUAUCGUGGCAUGUCAACGGCCGACGCAGAGCUUCAUUACAUUCAACAAGCCUCUCUUUUGCAUGAGUGCGUCAACGCGCACAUUUACAGAAUGCGCUCCGCAAAGAAUGAAAACGGUUUGGGCAGUUCGUGGUUUGUGGUCUAUUCAAAGGGCAUCAAAAUUUUCAAUUCCUUCGAAAAUCCACAACAACAAACCACUUUCUUAUGGCCUAGCAUUACUAAGUUAUCGUUUGAGCGGAAAAAGUUCGAAAUUCGCUCUGGGGACUGCAAAAUUCUACUUUAUGCCACGUCGGAUGAGAAAAAUAAAAUUCUUCUAACAUUGUGCCGUGAAACGCAUCAGUUUAGCAUGAAGAUUGCUGCUCGUCUCAAAGAGGUUAUUAAGCGUGAAGAAGAAGAGAGUGAUUGCCUUCAUGCCUGCUACACAUAUUCGCGCAGUUUACACUUGCCAUACAAAAAUAAAAGUGACCAGCGCAUAUCCGUGAUUUCGAGUACUAGUUCUAACACAACUUCGGGCAUAGUGAGUGAUCGCGUUCAUUCUGAGGACGAAGUUGAAAUAAUGAUAAAUACACCACCCGUACCAAUUGCGGCACCGUCCACGGAGAGUCUAGCACUGGCACAUUUACUGGAUCAUCCAAGCAUCAGCAGACAAACUUCAUCUGUGGGUCAGGUCUCAUUAAAAGAUCUUGAGGAACAGUUAGCCGCACUAUCAGUACGCCAGGAGCGGAAAAAGCAACAUUCGACUUCCGCAAACUCCGGCGAUGAAUCACCAGAGCAUAGUCAUAAUUCGGCGGGAAACUCUUCUAGCAGCAGUUCCAAUCAGGCAUCGCAACGAGCGGCGGAUUCUUCGACUGCCACUGACUCACCUAGUUCACAACACAAUAUAGGUUCCCAGUGCUCAUCGACCUGUAGUACUGUGGUAGUUUUGCCCAACUCUGACUCCACAAAUAAUACGCUGACAUCGUUGGCGGUGAAUUCCAUAAUCAAUUCAACUCCAAUGCAGCGCCGAAAUUCUACAUCCAGUAGUCUUGAAUUGGGUUUUAGUCACACCGCUCAAAACUCCAUCCUCAGUGAAGCAGAAUCAACGUGCAUUGAACACGAUUUUGCAUCGUCGAGUCGCGAUGAAAACGAGAGUGUUUCUGGUGUAUAUACAUUGGCCCAUGGUGCUCCACCCACUGAAACUUCGGGUGUAUAUACAAUGCAUAGUAGCGAAAUGACCGGACAAUCGUCCGAGAUGGCUGAGUCAGAGAAAAGUUCCCAUUACGGAAUAAGUAUAUAUCAGCCAACCAAGGUGGAAACGAAUGCCAAUAAUUUGCGUGAAGGCCAUUCCAAUCUAGACUCUGUCGAUGGUGGAAAUUACCACGGUAAACGUAUUAAGAACGAAGAGUUCCGUUUACGAUCAGACUCAAAUGUAAGCACUAGUGGAUCUUUUCGAGGCGAUGGUAGCGAUCCAACAGACAAUAAGCAUAGUCUUCUUUCCGCAGAGGAGUUAACCGACUUAAUAGUCGGACGCGGAACAUAUCCCAAUCGUAAGACGGUGUCAAGUACACUAGAUUCGGACUGCGAUUAUGUUACCUUGCCGUUGCCCAUCAAAGGGGAAUCAUACAUUCAGGGGCAUCAAGAUACUGCACCAACCGAUGAUGAUCAUGUUGAAGAUUUAAUUAACGAUUUAAUACCGACGGAUCCUCCAGCACCCCCACAACGUAUAGACAGCAAUAACAUGAAGCAUACAACGAACUUAGCGAGUCUUAGCAAUUUGCCAAUGCGUUCACCACCGCCAUAUCACGCACGACAUGAAAAAACUGGUCUUUGUGGGCCUCCAGUAUGCCCUCCAUUAACACAAAAAUCCAUUAAUAAUAUCAAAAACAUUUCAAUUGCUACAACUUUUUCCAAAGUGCCAUCGCCUAUCAUUCCAAAUGAGGUAAACACGAUUGCCGUGAGUGCAACAACUCCACGUGCACCCAUUCCAACGGCACCAACUGUCCGUCGUCGUGACCCUCCACCAUAUCCGACAUCGGACAAGCCGCGUCCUACGUCGCUGGUAUCAGUAGCGUCCAGCACGUCCUCUCUAAAUCAUUCCAGCAGUGUUUUGUCCUCGGUAGCAGGAUCUAUGAGCUCUUUAAAAGCAGAAGAGAUUACUGCCCGCUUCAUUACCACUCGACCACAAAUAAACAUUCUUAAAGCUCAUACCAGUGUAAUUAGUGAUAAUCAGAAGCCCAGUUAUGCUGCUCCGACGCAUUGCUCAUCGUCUGCGUCCACAACUGGUUCCAUUUCCAGCCAACACAUGUCAAGCCAUCUCUCACAACAUUCUGUACACAACUCUCACUACAUCAGUGGAUCACAGGUCUCGCUAAACAGCAACCAUCACUCAGCUUCAGCGACAAGACAAUCAUCCAUAUCUGCAGCGGCAAUGGCACAUGCUGCAGCUGCAGCUGCCACCGGAUCAGGCGUCAUCCCAAGUACAAUUGGUAUACCAAUCGUUCCUUAUAGCUUGCAUGGCGCACACAGCAGCAUGUCAUCGUUGCAUCAACAACCACCUCCGCCACCACCACCUUAUCCAGAAAUUAAACCGACACCACGAACAUGUGUUCUAUUGCCAGUGAUCAAGCAUCGACAGUUUUUGCCACCACCACCACCCAAUAUACCACGUCAACCGCCGCCGCCACCCCCACCAACGCAACUUACAGGAGUUUAUGGAAACCAACUAGCACGCAAGCAACUCGAGCUGUACCAACAACAACUUUACAGUGACGUUGACUAUGUCAUAUAUCCGAUUCAAGAUCCUGCAGUGAGCCAGCAAGAAUAUCUAGACGCUAAACAAAGCUCAAUCUAUGCGGCCAUGGCACAAGCGCCACCCCAACCACUCCCACAUCCCCACUCGUACUUAGCUUAUCACACGGGCAGGGCGCACGUUGGAUCUUGGGAGACAUGUAAGGGACACGCGAUCUAUCGAAGCACACCUUAUUUGCCAUUGGCAUUGUCCACACAUUCUCGUUACGCGUCGACACAGAACUUAUCAGACACAUAUGUGCAACUACCGAGCACAUAUUCACCACUAUACAGCCCUUCCAUGGCCAGCUUGUGUUCCUCGUAUGAGCCACCACCACCGCCUCCACUACAUCCGGCCACAUUGGCAGUACCCAGUCCGGUAGCAACGAGUUUAUUUGCGCGCUCACGUUCAGAUGACAAUAUUUUAAAUUCAAUUGACUCGCUCCCAAAGAUGAAACGUAUGCCACCUCCCCCGCCGCCCCCAUAUGUAAAUCGACGCUUAAAGAAGCCACCGAUGCCGACACCAUCAGAAAAACCUCCACCAAUUCCCUCAAAACCAGCUGCAAACAACAGUGUGUCGUCCAAACGUCCAUCGGCGAUUCGUAAUCAAUUGCCGCCAAGGAAACCACCUACACUGAAUACCAAUCAGAGUGUCAACAACAUGACACGCACUUCCAGCGGUGCACAAUGGGCGGGCGAAAGACCAAAACCGAAUCCCAUAUCGUAUAACGGGGGCAGUAUCUUAGCACAUCUUCAAGCCAGUGUCGCAGCCGCUAAUCGACAGGCCACCACAUCUGUGGGAAACAUCAAAGCAAAGGAAACUAACGGCGACAACAGCAGCGCCGGUCAUGGAAACAACGCCUCUACUAAUCCACUGGAUAUCGAUGUACUGCGCGAGAAAAGCAAGCACUUGGACUUACCGCUUAUCUCUGCGCUCUGCAAUGAUCCGUCACUGCUGAAACAGACUAAAGUCUUUGCCAAUCCGAAAACGAAUCGCACGCCUACAGCUGCAACAAUGCGGAACAUCGGCGUCACGGCAGCGUCCACAAGCAGCGGCCGAGUGGCACAUAAGAGCUUGACAAUUAAUGCCGGAGCUUUCGUGGCAAAUGAGACGCCGAAUGUGACCUCGGCUUCGUCAACAGCCGUGGUCUCGGCCGGGACAUCAACAAACACAACGGUGCCAAAUGCUACGCUCCCGACCAACACUAACACGAAGAGCAUGACCUCAUCGACGCUGCAACUGGUCUCCGCAAAAGGACGAAAGACAGUUGGAAGCCAUCGCCAUCCCAAUGACAAACUUCCACCUCUACCCAUGCAAAUGGCCGAAGCAAACAACUAUGUCAUGGAUCCAGCAAUCAUGAAACACCACAAAAGCUACAAUUCUCAAAUUUGAAACCAGAAGAGGCGGCAGAGCCAAAUUUAUUAAAAAAAGAAACAUUAACGACUAUGAAUGGUAAAAGGGAAAAUAGAAAACCUUAGCUGCAUAAAAGUAGGGUAAUUAAGUAUGGAAGAGUGAACGACCACUACUCGCAAACAACUCUUGCUUACACGCCGGCGAGUGGCACUAGGCUAAUAUAUGUAAAUGCAAUUUGACACUUGUUGCACCCAGUCCAUCACUAAGCUGAAACAAAAGAGGUAUGCAUAAACACACGAGCCGUAAGAUCUUUUGCGUUUUCUUUUGUUCAGGUGUUACUUUCUAUUCCUAAAUGUAAAUCACGCCAACGUCGACUAUACAUAGAACAUACGAAGUAACUUAUCCUCAUGGAAAGUUUCUCUACGCAAAGUCCUAUCGACACUUCAAAUGAUCCUUCACAGUGGAACGUUUGCAGGCGAGGGUUUUCUCUCGAUACGUAUUAGUCAAUGUCACGAUUCCACUUACACGGUUACAACAAAUUCCCAAAACCAUUCGUCGUCGGGUUUUAAUUGGAGUUUUUCUUUAAACACACAAAAAUGUGACUUCAACUCAGAAAACGAAACAAUCCGACGCUGCUCAGGCGCCUUUCAUUGCUAUGUGGCAACAAUUUGCCGGAAAUCCGAAAGAUAUGAGCCAUUCUUUGGCGCAAAACUGACCUCAUUUCAUUAGAAUCAUAAAAUGAAAAGAAAAACACCUCAAUCUAGUCACUUUUAGAAAUUCAUAAAACGCAAAUAAGCAAACAAAAGACGAAUACAUAGUAACACAAAUACUCACACAAUACAAGUAGAAAUUGGGUAUGAAAAAAUGAAAAAAAAAUCGAAAUAAGAUAAAAUGUACUUUAAAACAUAUUUAUUUUCGCUAUAGCGCAUUAAAUAGAAACUCAUGUCAUACAUGAGUUUUCAUUUGUAUUUACAUAUACAUACAUAUAUUACUUCUGUUUUGUUUAAUUGUAUAAUUUUUGUUUCGUUUUUUGCUUUUUGCUCUUGUCUUUUCCACUUUUCAUAAAAUUAUAAUCAACAGAAGUGACUAAGCCACUACAAAGUGCAUAUUUACAUUUCACAAAUGUCUACAUACAUACAUACAUACAUACAUAUAUUAGAAAAGAUAUUGUGCACUCGCAUACUAUUAUACGAAAUCCGCCCAAACAACUGUGAUCGAUUUUUAUUUUUUAUAAUUUAUUUUAAUUUUUUUUUUUAAUUCUUUUAAUGUUUUAUACAUUAAAGCUUCGAAGGCAUCAAGGGAGUAGAGAUUCUUUACUUUUUUCUUCUUCUUUCUUCUAAAGGAGAGCAACGACUACACUAUAAUAGUAGAUACUCGUACAUAUGUAUGUAAGUUCAACGAUGCGUGAAGUUUAGGCUUAAGCAAAGUGCGAAAAACACGGAACGAACAAAACGAAUUCAAUUGAUCGAAUAGCCGACUGUUGAUUGAUCGAAUAGUCGCAUAGGGGUUACCCAUGAGAAGCAAUGAGUCAAUAGUAAUGCAAUCGAACCUCUUUUAGUUUCUUAGCGCUUAGGGUGUAAGUGAGUGAAUACUUUAAGUAUUGCGUAUUUACGUAUGUACAAGCAUAUGUAUGUGAAUACAUAUUUGAGAUUUUAAAUAUGCAAAAUGCAUUUAAGUGAAUAUUGCCUAGACUUGCCCCACCGUACGUUAUGUAGUAGGUACUCAAACACACAAACAUACAUACAUUAAUAAGUGAAGAGAUACCAUGUUAGAAGGUAUGUCAUCCAUAAGUAUGUCUAAAUAUUAAUAAAUAUAAUUAAUGCAUUCAACUAAAUGUACUUACAUAUAUGCAUACAUAUGUAUGUAUGUAUGAUGGUACAUACAUAUGUACAUGUUAUACAUUGCGAAAAGGUAAAUGUGGAAAUUGAUCUUUCUGUAUUUCGGCCACAUGAAUUUACGUAGGCUUUUCUCGCUCAAAAGUCUAUAGCUAAAUGUGAUAAGGUGAAUGAGAAACAAAAGUGACAUUUUUGCCACAUUUACCUUUACAAAUAAUAGAGAAUAUACAUAUACAUAUAUAUAUUGUGCAAUGCACAAGGGCAAUACUCAAUUCGGAACGAAAUUCAAUAUUUCAGUCAAAAUAAAUCGUGAUUGCUAGUUGACAAACUGGAUUUCACAAAGCUACGGAAUAUGCCAUAUAGUCACAGAAUGAUUGAGCUAUAUUGAGCUAUCCCGAAUUGCGUAUUUUCCUUAAACCUUAAUACUUUUUCAUACAACUUUUGUGUUUGUCUGAUUUUAUUAUAAUAUUUUAAAAGUUUUCGAAAGUAAAUGAAUAUAUUCAAUAGUAAUUUUAAAUAAUUAUAAAAAAAUAUGAAACUAUUAUUAAUAAAUUUAUACACAUGCAAACACUCACGAAUGUAUUGAGUUGUACACACGUACAUACAUACAUAUGUGUGUUUAUUAUGAGAGAAUUGUAAUGAACUAUUUGGCAUUUAACCGAACACCGUAUACGAAAGUCCAAAUUAAUAUGUUUAAAAGGUAUACUAAAUUAGUUCUAAAAACAUUCCCACUGUUUAGCGUAAACUUUAUUAUAAUAUAUAAAUUUCAAAUAAAAAUAAAAAUUUAUGAAAUAUAUACACUUGGAGAAUACAUUAUUUUCACUACUUUACUUGAAUAAGGCCGGAUAUUGAACAUACUAAAUAACUAAGCUCUGCUUAUUGUUCGCAUAAAUUCUAUUUUCUUUAAUUUUUAGGCUGCUGCAUUGUUGCUUUACAAAAUUAAAAGAAACCAUUAUAUACAUUCGUCUGGAGAAUCUCAAAACCA